UCAUUCCUGCGUUGUUUAGGGACACUAGGAAGAUGGCGGCGGCCCCGCUGUACUGUGUCUGCCGGCAGCCCUACGAUGUAAGCCGGUUUAUGAUCGAGUGCGACAUCUGUAAAGACUGGUUUCACGGCAGCUGUGUGCAGGUAGAAGAGCAUCAUGCUGUGGAUAUCGACGUUUACCACUGUCCCAACUGUGAUGUCGUACACGGACCCUCCCAGAUGAAAAAGCGCAACAAUGGCCACAGGCACGACUACACAGAACCAGACGAUGGAUCGAAGCCGGUGCAGGCUGGCACUCGAGUGUUUGUCCAGGAGCUCCAGAACAGGACCUUCGCCAGUGGUGAGGAGAUCAUGAUGCACAUGAAGGGCGAGCAGGUGACAACCAGGUACCUGGAGAGGCACGGCUUCAACUACCCCAUAGCGGUCACAGAGAUGGAGGGCCUGGGACUCAAACUACCAGUCUCUACUUUCUCUGUCAAAGAUGUGGAGCAGUAUGUCGGUGGCGACAAAAUCAUCGAUGUGAUAGAUGUGGCACGGCAGGCGGACAGCAAGAUGAAGCUCAGCGAGUUUAUCAAGUAUUACACCAACCCACAUCGACCCAAAGUCCUCAACCUCAUCAGCCUGGAGUUCUCUGACACUAAGAUGUCAGAGUUGGUGGAGGUUCCUGACGUGGCUCGUAAGAUGUCCUGGGUAGAGAACUACUGGCCGGACGACUCCUUCUUCCCCAAGCCCUUUGUCCAGAAGUACUGUCUUAUGGGGGUUAAGGACAGCUACACAGAUUUCCACAUAGACUUCGGAGGCACCUCUGUCUGGUACCAUGUUCUCUGGGGUGAGAAGAUCUUCUACUUGAUCAAGCCCACUCUCGCCAACCUUGCACUAUAUGAGGCAUGGAGCUCCUCGCCCAAUCAGAGCGAAUUGUUCUUUGGGGACAAAGUGGAGAAGUGCUACAAGUGUGUAGUGUCCCAAGGAACCACCCUGCUCAUCCCUACAGGCUGGAUCCAUGCUGUUCUCACCUCUCAGGAUUGCAUGGCAUUUGGAGGGAACUUCCUUCACAACCUCAAUAUUGGCAUGCAGCUCAGGUGUUAUGAAAUGGAGCGCCGCCUGAAAACCCCAGACCUCUUUAAGUUUCCGUACUUCGAGGCCAUCUGUUGGUACGUGGCCAAGAACCUCUUGGAAAUGCUAAAAGAGCUACGAGAGGACAACUGUCCACCACCAACCUACCUAGUGGAGGGAGUCAAGGCUUUAAUCAGUGCACUGAGGACCUGGUUGAAAAGAGAGGUGACUGAGCCCACCAGUGAAGUACCAGACCAUAUCAGGCCUAACCAUCUCAUUAAAGAGCUGACCAAGGAAAUCCGCUACCUGGAGGAGGAACCAGUCAGUGGUAGCAAGCCAGUGAAGUCUCAGGGAAGUGGGUGUGGAGUUCCAUCUGGAUCAAAUGCCUGCCCGGCUACUCGUGCUACGCUGGAGAAGCUGUCCCAGGCCCGCCAGGCGAGAAGGGCCGCCAGGCGGUUGAGGGAGCAGCAGCGGCAGACCCCUAAAGUGCCCUCCAACUUGGACAUCUUAGAGCAGCACACCCGGGAGGUGCUAAGGAGGCUGGAGGUGGGGCCGCUCGAGGAGGAUGCGGCGUUCUGUGCCAAGGUUCGCGGGAAGCUCAACAAAGUGUCAACUGCAUCCGCAGCUGCAGAGACUUUAGAGGAGAACCACCUACGGCUAAUGCUGGUCAACGGCAGAAUUAUCAGAGAUAUGAGGCGGCCAGGCAGCAGCCCGGUAAAGACGGAGGGUGAGCGGUCAUCUGUUGGCCCACCAAAGAGUUGUGUGGACGUGAAGUCGGAGAGGACGCGGCACAGUCAAGAGCAGCACAGCACAGUUGAGAAACCCCCACUCUUCAGUGGUCUGGAGAGGGUGAAGACUGAACUCAGGGAAGAAGUCUCAGGACACACCAGUGUGUCAGACGUGGAUUUAGACAGCGACUCUCCCACAGAGCGUAAAGCAUCAUUGUCGUCAUCGUCGUCGUCGUCGUCCUCUUCUGACGAGGAUUCAGGGAGUUCCCAGGAGGAAGAGGAGGACGAGGAGAAGAAGGGCUUAUAUCAGCAGAGAGGCUCAGGGCACACCAUAGAGCUGGACCAGUCUGGCCAGAAACUCAGGCACAAACACAAACCACUCAAACGAGAACGUCCUACCUCACCCAGCACAGAAGAGGCCAUUCAGGGGAUGCUAUCUAUGGCUGGUCUGCUGUGCUCCUCCAAGCCGGAGAAGGUAGGCUCGUCCCAGGAGCCCUGGUGGUCCAGCUCCAGCCAGUGCUCGCCGCUGGAGCAGAGGGAGGAGGCGCAGCACCAGCACCGACUGCAGGGGGACAAGAGCCCGAUGGACAGCCAGGGCAACAGCAGCGAGGCCUGGGACAAUCAGGGGCUCCCUAGCCCUCUUAGCCGAAGCCACGGCAGCAGCCCAGAGACAGACUACCAGUACUGUGACCCCUCAAUGUCUCCACCCCACCCCUCCAAGAGGCACGCCCCCAACCCCCCACCUAUCAGCAAUCAGGCCACGAAAGGCAAGCGGCCCAAAAAAGGAAUGGCCACAGCCAAGCAGAGACUGGGGAAGAUCCUAAAACUCAACAGACAUAAUCGCGUCUUUGUGUAACACUCCAAAUCUUCAAAAGCAAAAUGAUGCAUGGGGACAUUUUCUUGAAGACAAAAAAAGGAAACAUUGGCGUAUUUGUUACAAGACACUUUUGUGCUGUGGAAAUGGAGAGAGGAAAAAAAACCCGAACACACUGCCUGGAGACUAAUCUUGACUGAAUCUUGACACGUAAAACACGCUCACUGUGCAUGCUUAGGAGACAGGGUAUUUGAUAUGAAAUAAGCAAGUGCACGACUUCACCACACAAGCACACUAAGAACAAAAACAGAAAAGAGCUACAGGAAGCAGAGCGGGACAAGCAUGUCAUAAAAUGUUCUGCUGCAGGGAAAGGUGGAUCCAAGCUCCUGCGGGCAUUCAAAUGGACAAAGGAGAUGUAGGAGGUAUACCAAACUAACAAGAAAAUGACUCGCUUUGCUGGGAAGCAGCUUCUGAUGCUAAGAUCAUCUGCAUCACAUCUUGAUAUUUACUCUCCCUGCUGAACGAACCCCCCCCCCCACUCCGCACAACAUUCACUUGCUUCAUGUCUAUCUGAGACAAACUGAACAUGGAGGAGCAGAUGCAACUGAGCUGUACAUCUCGAGCAGGGUCUUUUUUUCCCCCCCCUCUGGCUCGGAGGAUGGAGACGAGGUGCUAAGGAGGACGCGGUGAACUGAAAUUUCAAAAUGGUGCUUAUUGUUUGUACUUUUCUCCACUCAUGCUUGUCCCAAGCCCUCACACCCCUUUAUCUUAAUCACACCAGCAAUAAUGACUUUGAGGAGAGAAGAAACGGUGAGAGGCAGCACUUUGGUGCAUUAUUCCCCAAUUCUUCUAUUUGUA